CAAUCUUUAUUCUACCAGGAAAUUGAGAAGUAUAAGUUAGAUCACCCCGAAUCAUUUCACUAUCUUAAUCAGUCCAAAUGCUAUGAACUAGAUGGUGUAGAUGAUGCCCAUGACUACCUUGCCACCAGGAGAGCAAUGGAUAUUGUUGGAAUCAGUUUAAAGGAACAGGAAGCAAUUUUCAGAGUAGUUGCUGCCAUUCUUCAUCUUGGUAAUAUUGAUUUUGCUAAGGGGAAGGAAAUGGAUUCAUCAGUUCCAAGUGAUGAAAAGUCCAAGUUCCAUCUGAAAACAAGAGCAGAACUUCUUAUGUGUGAUUCUGUGGUGUUGGAAGAUGCAUUGUGUAAACGUGUAAUGAUUACUCCUGAAGAAGUUAUUAAGCGAAGUCUUGAUCCUCCUAGUGCCGCAGUUAGCAGGGAUGGAUUAGCUAAGACAAUAUAUUCCAGACUGUUUGAUUGGUUGGUAGACAAGAUCAAUAACUCAAUUGGGCAAGAUAGUAAAUCUAAAUCUCUGAUUGGGGUACUUGACAUUUAUGGUUUUGAAAGCUUCGAGCAGAACAGUUUUGAGCAGUUUUGCAUUAACUACACAAAUGAGAAACUGCAACAGCAUUUUAACCAG